AUGAGAAUGAAAUCAAUCGUAUAUUUCGGUUUUUUCGUCUUCAUCAAUCAUAUUCAGAUUUGUAUUUGUGCUAAAUCUGAACCAGAUUAUUAUCAAUAUUUACAACAAUUUGGUUAUACACCUAAACUUCAAAAUCGACUCUUAUCAGUAUUGGAUAAAACAAGUGCUAAUGAAGGUAUUAAAACAUUUCAACGUCUUUAUAAAUUACCUGAAACGGGUAAACUUGAUGAACAAACUAAAAAACUUAUGCAAAGACCACGAUGUGGAAAUCCAGAUAUAGGUAUUCUUCAUGCUAAAAAACAUUCUAUUAAUGAUGGUAGACUUAGAUCUUCACCAUCAGCUAAAAUGAAUGAUCCUGAUAGUUAUGUAACAUAUGAAAAAUCUUGGCCGACAAAACAUUUAAAAUGGUAUAUUGAAGAAUAUCCAAAACAACAAAAACAAAUAAAAUCUAAUGAAGAUAUUCGUCGUAUAAUAAAUCAAGCAUUUUCUGAUUGGGAAAAACAUUCUGGACUUACAUUUGAAAUGGUUAAAACAAAAGAAGCAGCCAAUUUCAAAAUAAAUUUUUUUUCGAAGGAACAUGAUGAUGGAUAUCCAUUUGAUGGUCAAGGUACAACAUUAGCACAUGCUUUUUAUCCAAAAAAUGGUGAUAUACAUUUUGAUGAUGAUGAAUAUUUUACAGAUGAUUAUACAAAUAAGGAUGAACAUUAUACAUUAAGACUUGUUGCUGCACAUGAAAUAGGUCAUGCACUUGGUUUAUCACAUUCAUUUGAAGAAAAUUCUCUUAUGUUUCCUGUUUAUCAACAAUUUGAUUCAAAUUUUAGUAUAUCAAAUGAUGAUCAAGAAGGUAUUCAAAGUUUAUAUGGUAAACCAGAUGAGAAAUCCAGAACAACAACUUCAUCAUCAACGACAUCAACACAUGUUUCUGACGGAUUACCAAUAGAUAAUUGGUGUUCAGGAAAUUUUCAAACAGGUUGUGAAGGUCCUGAUGGUGAUCUUUAUUUAUUUAAAGAUACCCAUGUAUGGAGAUAUCGUGCACGAGCAAAAACUGGAUGGGAUCCUCAACCAAAAUUAAUUCGUGAACGUUUUCCACCUUUACAAGAUACAACAGUAACAGCUUGUGUUAGAUCAUCAACUGGUUAUGUAUAUUUAUUUCAUAAGAAUGAUAUGUGGAAAGUCAGAACACAUUGGUCUAUUGAGGGACCACAUAAAGUACAUGGAAAAAAUUAUCCACAAAGUCCUCGCAUUGCUUUAUUUCAUAAUAAUUCAAUAUAUUUAUUACAAAAUGAUUUAGUUUAUUCUUUAAAUGAAUUUAAUUAUAAUAGAGAAUUAGGUGUACAUACUAUUACGACAAUACUUGAUUCAUCACCAAAAGAAUCAAUUCAUUCAGGUUUUACAUAUGAUAAACGACAUUAUAUAUUUACAAGAAAUCAUGUUUAUGUUUAUGAUUCAACAGAUGGAAAGUUAUUAACUGGCUAUCCAAAACCGAUAACAAAUGGUUGGUUUGCAUGUGAUACCACAUUACAAGCACAAAAAGUUAGAAAGCAAACAAUAAAAGAAUAUUCUAGAAAUGAUGAGCGAAACAAUUAUUAUGAUCGUCAUCGUCAUCAUGAUCAUAAUCGUCAAUAUGGACGAAAACGACCAUUUCAUCAUUAUCCUCAUGAAGAUCAUCAUCAACGUCAAUGGAAUGAUUAA